UUAAUCCUAGCAUUAAACCAGGAAAAAAGAGAGAAAAAAAGGGAGGGGAGCAGGCGCGACUGCGCGGGGACGAGAGAGGGAGGAGGGAGGCCAUCCCAUUCGCGGGCUGGUUCGGGUCCAUUUGGGCGGCGCCGCACACGCAGCAGGCAGAGAUCAGCGCGGGGCGAAGCGUCAAACCCAUCUCCGCCGCCGCCACCGCCGCGGGCACCACUGGCAUUUAGGAUGGUGGACAAGAAUGAUGGGUCAGAGGGUCUUAAAUUCAAUACGUCGCACCUGAUUCAAACAACCGAAGAGGUUGCAAGAGCAUUUAUCGCUGCGGCUUCAGCUGCCACUGCACAGUCUUCACGGCCAUCUGUUGUGUAUUCUUCCAAAGAUGAGAGUGGCAGCCCAAUGCAGAAGCUUCAGCAGCAAUUUUCGAAAAUCAUGAAGGGUUUUUCAUCCUCACCAGACCUGUCCAGACCUUACAAUCCGGAAGUGCUCACAACGCAGAAAAGGCAGUGGUCGAGGUUCCAGCUGAAGUCAUUGGGUAAUAGGUGCAUCAGAGAACCAUCACAUCUGUUUGAGAGCAUAGUGAUUGUUGGGCUUCCACCUCAGGCAGAUAUCCAUGAGCUGGAAAACAUUGCACUAGGGAGAAAUGAUGACGACGGAAAGAGACCAAGAAAUUUAUUUGGCAAUAACCACCACCAAGUUCAUGCAAUAUCAAAUUUGGAACCACAGGUUCUUUUUGCAUACCCUCCAGAGAAGCCUCUUCCACUCAAGUACAAGGAUACCCUCUCUUUCUGCCUUCCCGAAGGUGUACAGGUUCAUGCUGUCGAACGGACUCCUUCAUUCAGUGAGCUGAAUGAAAUUCUCCUGGGUCAGGAACAGCUUAAAGAAAGCAACCAAUCAUUUGUGUUCCGCUUACAGGUUGCUGAUGACUCUACAUUAUAUGGAUGCUGUGUGCUAGUUGAAGAGAUCGUACAGAGACCAUCAAAGCUGGUAUCGAUGCUCAUGAAUGAAAAACCCGUCUUUCCACGCCGGAGUCGCUACGUGAUAACUACACCCCGGUGUUAUUGCAUCCUGUCCAGGCUUCCGUUCUUUGAACUGCAUUUUGGGGUGUUGCAGAGUAUUCUCAUGGAAGAACGACUCGAAUGGCUCACAGAAGGUGUUAGCAUGCUAACUUCGUUAUCGCUUGAGGAAGCCUGUGAGGAGAAUGAUAUCUGUGAAGGAACUGAAGAUACAGUACAGAAGCAGUACUUAGAUGGUAACACAACUGAGGUGGAUAAAUCAUCUGAAUCAAGCACGGGAGUUUCGUCAAAGGAGCUGUCUGACACUGACAGCAGUUCUGGGUGUAAGGAGACCCAAUUUGACUUUGUUUCUAAAGAAGGGCAAGGGCAAGAUAGUUCUUGUGCUAAAGAACAGAGUGAUGUUGAAAUGGAAACUGUCACUCAUUGUGAUUCCCCUAAAGUGUCUGACAAUUGUGUUCCAGAAGAUACAUCAACAGAUCAAUCUGGAGUUACGCAUCAUGAACUUGAUCCUGCACCUGAUAUCCAGAAUGAAUCUUGUUCAAGGAAGAAUUGUGAUGAUUCUCCACGGGGAAAUGUGGAUGAUGAGCAGCUUGAUCUCUUUAUUACUGAUACUAUUUUACCACUUAUGCGAUCUCGCCUUUGUGAAGAUUGUGAAUCAUCCCCAAGUUCACAGGAUUCUCCUUCUGAAAGCAGAAAUCUCAGAAGUGACACCCAGGAAUCGGAUUCAGAGGAGCCAUCUUCCAUUGGACAUGGGGACUUAGUUAGACACAACAACAUACUGCAGUGGGCUAAGGCAAAAAAAUAUGGUUCUCUCCAAGUUGUCUGUCAGUACUACCAGCUACAGUGUCCUGCCAGGGGUUCAUCACUUAAUUUUCAUCCCUUGGAGCAUUUGCAUCCUUUGAGUUUUCACCGGCCAGGUGAAACAGUUCUUCAUAUUGCUGGUUCUACUAUUGAGCUUAGGUCACGGGAUACAAGUUUAGAGGUUGCUGAGAUGCGUAAUGCACUCUUUGCUGAGGAGGAAUCAACUGCUUUAUCCACAUGGGCAGUGGCAUCCAUAUGUGGAGGCCUCAGGUUGGAACAUGUAAUGACACUUUUUGCUGCUGCGCUCCUGGAGAAGCAGAUUGUUAUUGUCUGUUCUAAUCUGGGAAUGCUAUCGGCUUCAGUUUUGUCCAUCAUACCUCUAAUACGCCCGUAUCAGUGGCAGAGUCUGCUAAUACCGGUUUUGCCUAUUGACAUGAUGGAUUUUCUCGAUGCACCUGUUCCUUACAUAGUUGGUGUACAAAACAAGACAUCUGAUGUGCUCAACAGGCUAUCAAAUGCUGUAGUCAUUGACGCCAACAGGAAUCAGAUUAAGUCUUCUUCAGUCCCACAACUACCGCAGCACAGAGAGUUGCUUUCUUCCUUGCGUCCAUAUCAUUCCAUACUUGUUGGAGAAAGUUAUCUUGCAAGAAAGCGUCCUGUUUAUGAAUGCACGGAUGCCCAGGUGGAAGCGGCGAAAGGUUUCUUGGCAGUUCUUAGAGACUACCUUGAUACACUGUGCUCGAACUUGAGAUCCCAUACAAUUACCAAUGUGCAAUCUAACAAUGAUAAGGUUUCCUUACUUUUAAGAGAGAGCUUUAUUGGUUCUUUCCCGGCCCGGGAUAGGCCCUUCAUGAAGCUUUUUGUGGACACUCAACUGUUCUCGGUACAUACAGACCUAGUUCUCUCCUUUUAUCAAAAGGACUAAGUGUCUGUUACAGACUUGAAUGUCUGUCUCAUAUUGGCAAGUCUUUAGGUGCUGAGCUCAACUGUACAUAUCGGUUUAGAAGAAUGAGCUGCCUUCAUCACUUUGGCAGCUCAGAGAUGGGUUAAGAGCUGCAACGGACAACUCAUAUACUGUCUGAAAAAUGGUAGAUUAUCAGGAUCCAGUUAUGGAUAUUGAAGAAAAAUGUCCCUAUAGGUGUUGUAAAUUAGUCUGGUGUGGUGAUCCGCCAUCUAAGAUUUUGUAGGCAGCAGUAGGUGCCCAUAUGAUGAAGCCUCUUAUGGAUUGUUCCCACAAUACCUGUGCUGUAAACUGCGAUGGAACCAUGCCUGCUGCAAAACUCCAGGCACAAAUAUGUUCAUUUGGCAAUUAAUCAAGUGCGCAACGCGUCAUAACUUAUGCUGUAAUUUGAAGAAUGUCAAGGAUCCAAGACAGUGUCCAUAGUGCGGCUUGUAUCU